CACAGUUUGGCACUGAUUGGCCAAUGAGUGAAAACAACUCACACCAGAAUCCAAUGAAACCAUCACCUCUUCUCAGGAGAAAAAUGCUGAUCAAAGGGAUGUCUUAGAAAAUGUAAACACCGCAACAUUCCAGGUCUUUGAGGUCAUCAUGGCACAAGAAAAUGGCACCCACAUCCAUGAGUUCAUCCUCCUGGGAUUCCCCACCAGCAGAGAGCUGCAGGCUGUGCUGUUUGUCAUUUUCCUGGCCGUGUAUUUGCUGACUGUCACCGAGAACAUGGUCAUCAUCACUUUGAUCAUCACCCACCCCCAGCUCCACAAGCCCAUGUACUUCUUCCUGGGCCACCUCGCUUUCCUUGAGGCCUGCUACAUCUCGGUCACCGUUCCCAAGCUGCUGCUCACCUUGGUGGUGAGGAACAAGAGCAUCUCCCUCACGAGCUGCAUGGCCCAGCUGUACUUUUUCAUCGCCCUGGUGUGCACUGAGUGUGUCCUGCUGGCUGCCAUGGCCUACGACCGCUACGUGGCCAUCUGUGCCCCGCUGCACUACGCCCUGGCCAUGGGCCACAGGGCCUGCCUGCAGCUGGCCACGGCCUCCUGGCUGCUUGGCUUCCUCAUAGCUGUGCUCAAGGUCUCCUUCAUCUCCCAGCUCUCCUUCUGUGGGCCUGGUGUGAUCAACCACUUCUUCUGCGACAUCAGCCCGCUGCUCAACCUCUCGUGCUCCCAGCGGCGCCUUGCUGAGAUGGUGGAUUUCAUCUCGGCCUUGUUCACUUUGUUGGUCCCCCUCUCUGUCAUCAUUGUUUCUUACACCUGCAUAAUCAGGACUGUUUUGCUCAUCCCCAAGGCUCAGAACAGGAAGAAAGCCUUCUCCACAUGUGCUUCUCACCUGGCUGUGGUGAUCAUUUUCUUCUCAGCAACUCUCUUCAUAUACGCUCGGCCCAGGCGUGCAGACUCCAGGGAUCUCAACAAACUGGUUUCCAUCAUUUACACCAUUGUCACCCCAAUGCUAAACCCAUGCAUUUACUGCCUGAGGAACCAGGAGGUGAAGGACACUUUACUGAAGGUCUUAUGUAGCAGGACUGCCCUCUCCAGAGUUUCUGCCUCUGACCACUAAUAAAUGCUUGGGAGAUGAUCUUCCAACUGAAUGUGUCUGAAUUCUAUGAAAACCUAAUAAGAUUUUUACUUUGACAGAAAGGGUUAUUAGGGUUGUCCAAUUAUUGCUUAUUGGUGUUCUCCAGUUAUUGGUUAUUGGAGUCAAUCUGCAUGUUCAGCUAAAAUCUCUGAAUCUGUGUGAAUGUAAAAGGUUUUUCUAACUGAACACAUCACACAUCAUUCCCGAGAAGUGGAAAAGGCAAUAAACAUAAUUGUCUUCUCUGAACGUAUUUUUUUGGUAUGCAUCAAAGAACAAAAUUGCAUUCUGACCUUGAUUCAACUUAACAUGAAACUAGGAUUCAAGAACUUGAGGCACCAAAUAAAUAGUUAUGUCAGCUUUCUUCACAGGAAUGAGGAUGGGAACU